CGACGGGACUACGUGGAGCUGGAGUGACGGGGUGGAAAGUCUGAGAACAGUACUGUAGGCCUGCUGUUGGGGAAAUGUUGUUUCUCGUCCUAUCGAUUAUGCUCUGGCUAACGAGAGGAGGAUCAUCCUGGAGAUCAGGACCCACUUGUCCAGCGGAAGAGAAACUGGCAACCUUCGAGGAUGAGUACAGACUGAUGACAAACCAGCUCCAGAAGGUAGAAUGGAAUUUCGCUACAAACAUGACGUCGGAAACAAGGACACAGCGCAGCAACUUCCAGCCCCUUUACAAUGUUUGGAUGUCGUCUUGGAAGAAAUGGGCCAAGGCUUUCAGAGGUUACGCGACAACGUGUCCUGCGCCCCCCAUGGAGCUCAUCAGCAUGAUGAGGUCUGGCGUCGUUGUGCAGGACCCCCAGAAUGCAAAGAAAGUCUCCGAACUGCGCACAGCCAUGAUAUCUUAUUCUGCCAAAGAGAACUAUAAUGAUUUGGAGCGCUACAUGGCUGGGACAGCGGAUCCGAGUCUGUUGAAGUCCCAGUGGCUUCAGUGGGCAAAGUGGCAGAACGCUUCCCAGAUAUACUUCGCUGCUUUGGUGUCCAUGUUGAAUGCUGCAGCUGUUAGUAAUGGCUACCGCCACUACGCCGAGAGUUGGAACGAAGGCCUGGACGUGGAGCAAGAGAGCGCCCGCCUCUGGGAGCGAGUGCAGCCGCUCUACGUGGAGCUGCACGCUUACGUGCGCGGCGCGCUACUACGACACUACGGGAAGGAGCUUCGACCAAACGAGCCAAUCCCUGUACACCUCCUGGGCAACCCUUUCGGCGAGAACUGGAGAAACUUGGCUGAUUUGGUAGUGCCGGCCGACCUUCGGAGGAGCCCCACUGAGCAGGCCGAGCCAGAGAGGCGUGGCUUACCGUCCGAUUGCGUGAGAAGGGCCGAGGCCCACUACGAGAAGCUUGGUUUCCCACCGAUGCCGCCUCUGUUCUGGAAGAACUCCAUUUUCGAACGUCCUGGCAACAGCACCGCCAUGGACUGCCACGCGACGGCGUACGAUUUUGGCGAUGGCAGUGACUUCCGGAUCAAGGCUUGCCUGGUGGGUUCGAAGGCAGACGACGAGAUCGCCUUCCACGAAAUGGGUCACGUACAGUAUUUCCUGGCGUACCGACACCAGCGGUCAUUGUUCAGAACGGCGCCGUUAGCGGCCCUCCACGAAGCCAUCGGGGAAGCCUUUGGCCACGCUGCUGCGGCCUGCGGAGGUGCCGGCUCGGCGCGCGGUGAGCCGCACACCGAUGGGUCCGAGAGACACCUGCACUCCCGUCGUGACACUGUGGGCAGUUUACUGCGGGAGGCUCUAUUCAAGCUCGUACCUUUGCCCUGGAUUCUCUCCGUAGAGAGAUGGCGCUACGCGGUUUUUCAAGGCCACAUCCCUGCCGAGAGCCUCGCCUCUUCGCUAUGGGAUUACCGAGAAAAGUUGCAAGGUGUGAAGCCGCCUACACCGGAGGCGAGGGGGUACUUCGACGUUGGAGGAAAGCACCACGUGUCCCACUUCAUACCUUACUUCAGGUAUUUCUUUGCGCGGUUCCUUGACUACCAACUGCUGAGGGCAACGUGUUCAGAAACACGUCAAAAAGCGCCCAUGGUCUUUUGUUGCGUGGAAAGUGAUACUCCAGCCGUUCGUAACAUAAGGCACAUGAUGUCGUUCGGUGCGUCGAUCGAAUGGCGAGAGGCGUUGCAGAUGGCAACGGGCUCUCCGGUAAUAUCAGCGGAACCGUUGCUAAACUACUACGAGCCUCUCUUUGCUUGGCUUCGGCGAGAGAACGUUAAGUUGAACAACUCGGUCGGAUGGUGAAAAAAGUUUUCCAGCACGCACGCCACCACGGGAAGGGACCGACGUUUCCCUACAGCUUAACUCACGUUGACAAUGGCGACGCCUCAUCAUGUCCGAAAACCGACAGCGGAAGCAUUCUGCCCGGUGCGUUAUGGAAAUUGAAAACAAAUACACAUCUGUUGACACUUUAUAGAGGUGAAAGAAGAAAUAAAUUAUUUUAGAUC